AUGUCGUGCUGUGGUGGAUCGCCUGCUGCCCCUCCCCCGAGCCAAGCUCUUCCCUACAAGUACCUCUUCAAAUACAUCAUCGUCGGCGACACGGCUGUUGGCAAGUCGUGCCUUCUGCUCCAGUUCACCGACAAGCGCUUCCAGCCUGUCCAUGAUUUGACGAUUGGUGUCGAGUUCGGCUCGAGGACUCUUACCAUUGAGGACAACCAAGUCAAGCUCCAGAUCUGGGAUACGGCUGGUCAAGAGAAGUUCAGAUCGAUUACCCGUUCCUAUUACCGCGGCGCUGCUGGCGCUCUGCUCGUCUACGAUAUUACCAGGCGUGAGACCUUCGAGCACCUUACGUCGUGGCUCGAGGACUGCAGGAAGUACAGCAACAGCAACAUUGUCAUCAUGCUGAUCGGCAACAAGUGCGACUUGGAGAGCAAGAGGCAGGUGAGCAAGGAGGAGGGCGCUGCCUUCGCCAAGGAGCACAACCUGCUCUUCCUCGAGACCUCCGCCAAGACCGCUGAGAACGUCGAGCAGGCUUUCAUCAACACGGCCAGGACGAUCUAUGAGACCACGCGGGAGGGUGACAUCGACUGGGAGCACUCGACCCCCAAGUAA